GCAGCGCCUCGUGGAGGAAUUGGAUAGUGAGGAGGACACUGAUACACAGGGCGUUGGGUUGGCUUCUUCAUCGGGUAAUGCAAGGUUCGCUAGCGAUCCGCUUCGUUUUACGGGUAUGGAUUUGGGCGACGGUGGUAGUAUUCGGUCUCGCAGGAGUUAUGUUCAUCAACAGGGCGAGGACGAGGACGAUGGCACUUCGGAGGACGACGACUCGGAACAGGACUCAGACUUGGACGAUGGUGGCGAUGAUGACGAUCAGGUACAACUGGCACUGAGGGAUAAAGAAGAGGCUCUGGUGGAAGCCGCGCUGGCUCGGAUACGGCGGGCCCAAGCCAAAGGCAAGAAAGACGUGAAGCUGAGCAAGGGGGAACUGGCGGCGCUGGAGCGGAGAAGAGAGCGCCUAAACGCGGAAAACAGCCGGAGAAAACGGAAGGAGAAGGAGCCACGAAUCGCCGUUCCUCUCUCACAUCUCGAGCCAACUUCUCUUUCUGGUCCUGAACCCCCAGGAGCCUUUGGUGCGGACCAGGAGCAUACAAACUACCCGCCAAUGGGUUACUUCCCGCCUCCGUCGGGUUCUCGCACUCGGCCUCGUUCCGGAACAUCGUCGUCUCAGCGGCCACCCAGUCGCAAUCCAAAUGUGGAUCGCUCCCGGGCCUCCUCUCCCUUUCGAUACUCCUACGUGCAGCCCCCGGAUUUCCAUCCUUCUACCCGUCACGCCUCUGAUCCCGCGGUUGGACCCCGCUCUAUGGGCCCCCCUUCACACGAGGAGGAUUGGCCUCCGGGCUUGCGUCCUGGCUCACGCCAAUCACAGGCUGGCGUUGACCCAUUCCUCUAUAUGACCGGGGGCUCUCGGGUACCCAGCUAUAAUUCCAGGCCUGCAGCUCCACGCCGUCAUGGUUCGGGGUCAGCCGGGGACAGGGGUGUCUAUAUGUAUGGCCCGGGACCGGGUGCAUUUCCUCGUGAGACGACUUCUACUGGCGCAAGCAGGCGGAUGAGCCCCGAAGAGUCUAGCGACGAGACGGCAAGCGAGGACGACGGGGAGCAGAGCCCGAAAGGCAGCCCCCGUCAAGGAGCUCGGCCCGGCGUCGGUGGGGCAGACACGCGCAGCAAGAGAGGCCGGCGCCGAGACGACGUCAUCAUCGUCGAGGAUCCGCCCGAGCCGGAGCCGGAAGCGGAGCCGCGGCGCCAGAGAGAAUCUGACCGCGAGCAUUCUAGCCAACGAGGCCCGAAGAAGGCCCCAGCGACCGGUUCUCCCACGAAACGCAAGCCCGUGCCGAGUGGGGGUUCCAAAAGGCGGAAAGGGAAAUGAGCGUUAGUUGCCCAAACUAGAGUCGAAGUCUGAGAGUGCUGUCGUCCAAGUAUUGUUCUGUUGGUGAAAGUGGUUGAUUGCGAGAGUCUGAAGAUACCCAAGCCCAAGUCUAAGGAUCAUAGAAAAAAGGCUGACGCCCCUGUUUUAUUGUAUUGCACUGGUAGACUAGUAUCGGUUUUUAAUAAUGCAUUCUUUCCUGACAAGUUAAGAGUUACGACAAAUCUUGCCAUUUUCUA